AAUAAUCAGUAUAUCAUGCACGUUUUUUUAAGGAUCAUCAACUAUUUUUUUGGUAGAAGGAAGUAUACUUCAAUCUACGGGCCAUUCUCACAAGUCACACACUCUCUCCCUCCCUACCGCACUCACUCAGUAUAUCGAAGAACAGCAAUGGAGUAUUGGGAUGCUGAAGUCCUACCCGGUGUGCCUUUCAAUAGUCAGCCUAGGGAAGGCUACCUUCUGCAUAUCACCAAGGCUAUGCUGUUGGAGACAUACAAGGGAGAUGAUCCUGUCUGCCUAUUUCUUAGCGUUGAUUGUCACAAGCAUGUUCUAGGAAGACUCUCAUCAGACAAGUUUCCUCAGAUUACUUACAAUUUAAUUUUUGAUAAACCAAUUGAACUCUCUCACAGUGGGAAUGAUGAGAGUGUCUAUUUCUCUGGCUACGAAUCUAAAAGUGAUGACAGAGCUCUUUCAGAAGAGCCCCUUGAAGAUUCUAAUGAUGAAAGUGAAGAUGAUGGUUCCAAGGAUUGUACUGGUGGGAAAGAAGUUAUGCUUACAAUUCGAAAAACUGCUCAUGGCAUUUAUGUUGCGUCUGAUGGUUACGCCCAUGAAGAGAACUCUGAUGUGGAUGAGGAGGAGACUGAUCCCAAAAAGUUAGAAUAUUUGGCUAAUGAGGACCAGCAAAAGACACUUAUUCUGGGAGGAAGAAUGCUGGUCUCAUCAGCUGGACUAUCAGCAUAAGAUGAAAAUAUAAUUGAUCACCAGGAAUUAGUGGUAUGAAUUACGUGUUUCCAAAUAUUUUUCAAACUCUCAUCACUAGAUUUUAACAAGUUCACUUAAUUGUUAGAAUUCAAACUUUUCUUUAUUUGUAGAUGGAUAAUCCACAGUGGGGCACACAAUGAAGUGCAAACUUCGCACAUUAUUGUCUCGAGAUGAAUCUUAUUUCUCCUUUUUAUGGUCAACUAACGGUUGGGUGCAAUAAUUAAAGACAAGAAAAAAA